AUGGCUGCCGCUCGGACACUUCGUAUUGGUCUCAUCCCCGGAGACGGUAUCGGACGGGAGGUCAUCCCGGCUGGUCGUCGUCUUCUCGAAUCUCUUCCCUCUUCCCUGAACCUCAAGUUCAACUUCGUUGACCUUGAGGCCGGUUACGACACUUUCCAAAAGACCGGAACUGCUCUGCCCGACAAGACUGUCGAGACCCUCAAGAAGGAGUGUGACGGUGCUCUUUUCGGUGCUGUCAGCUCCCCCAGCACCAAGGUCGCUGGUUACUCCUCUCCCAUUGUCGCUCUGCGCAAGAAGCUCGACCUCUUCGCCAACGUCCGUCCCGUUAAGACCACCGUUGGCAGCAGCAAUGGCAACCCCAUUGACCUUGUCAUCGUUCGCGAGAACACUGAGGACCUCUACGUGAAGGAGGAGCGCACCACCGAGGGCCCCGACGGCAAGCCGUAUCUCCACCAUCGCUGGUGA